ACGGACAGAUGGCGCCGGGGAGCGCCCUAGGGAGCCCUCUGGACGCUGCAGUGAGUCUUCCUCUCACCCUAGGCCCCUUAGGAAUGUAAUCGAGGAUGCUGGCCCUGAGGCUGCUCAACGUGGUGGCCCCUGCCUACUUCCUGUGCAUCUCCCUGGUGACCUUCGUGCUGCAGCUCUUCCUCUUCCUGCCUAGUAUGCGUGAGGACCCCUCGGCCGCCCGGCUCUUGUCACCUGCGCUGCUCCAUGGGGCAUUCUUCCUGUUCCUCUCAACCAACGCCCUGGGGAAUUAUGUCCUGGUCAUCCAGAACUCCCCAGACGACCUGGACGCCGGCCAGGGGACCGCAGCCAGGAGGGCCCUGUGCCCUCCGCCCAGCACCCACUUCUGCCGAGUGUGUGCCAGAGUCACCCUGAGGCACGACCAUCACUGUUUCUUCACCGGCAACUGCAUCGGAAGCAGGAACAUGCGCAACUUCAUCCUGUUCUGCCUCUACACCUCCCUGGCCUGCCUCUACUCCAUGGUGGCCGGCGUGGCCUACAUCUCCGCAGUCCUUUCCAUCUCCUUCGCCCACCCCCUGGCCUUCCUCACGCUCCUGCCCACCUCCAUCAGCCAGUUCUUCUCCGGAGCUGUCCUGGGUCCUGAAAUGUUCGUCAUCCUCAUGCUCUACCUCUGGUUUGCCGUCGGCCUGGCCUGCGCUGGCUUCUGCUGCCAUCAGCUGCUGUUGAUCCUCCGGGGGCAGACCCGCCACCAGGUGCGGAAGGGGGUGGCAGUGAGGGCCCGGCCUUGGCGCAAGAACUUACAGGAGGUCUUCGGAAAGAGGUGGCUCCUGGGCCUGCUGGUCCCCAUGUUCAAUGUUGGAAGUGAGAGCUCCAAGCAGCGGGACAAGUAGCAGGCACUCCCAUCAUUUCUCUCUCUGUGUGUGUAUUGACUCCUCGUGAACAUAAGACCACAACACCCUGUCUCCGCCCAUGGCCCACUACAACUUUGGACUGGUAAGGUCCUAGCAUCCACCCCUGGUCUGUAACAUACAGAGAACAGCGUUGGCUGGUGGAUCAUGACCAGGAGGGAAAAUGGCCACCGAGGCAUUGCUAGGUUCCCCAUGAGCCAGCCUGGUGGCUGCUAACAGUUCAGAGCUUCUGCUUUUGUUUCUUCCCCCUUGGGGUGCCUGCUUUCCCCCUCUGCCUGGUUCACCCACGCUCCACCAAGUCUCAUGUCAUCACUGCUAUGUGCUAGAGCUCUUCCUCUCAGCCCCAUGUUAGGAGUGGGGAGUGGAUUCUUGCUGCUGGUGUGAAGCUCCCCGGGACCUGGAGUCUGGCAAAAGGUUUGAAAUUACCAUGUGUGAGAGGCAGCCAAGUCAGCUCUGCCAACUGCCAGUGAGGUUGGGAAAGGAGAGGUGUGUGUCCUCAUCCCCUCUGUGGAAUUUUGAACAGUGGAAGGAGAAAAGAACUCAGUAGCUUGCUGCCCAGCCCUCAAGUUGCAAGGCCUUUCUCUGGGAGACAGCAGCCAAUGGCCUGGGAUUUCUAGCUGCUGUCCCCUGUCCACCCCGCCCCAGCUGGCUACCCAGUCCAAUCCAGGACCUGGCUGGAGGCUUCCUUUCCCUAGCACUCUUCCAGCCUUUCCCAUUGGUCUCCAGUCUCUGGGUCUUUGCUAAAUGCUGGGAAGGCAAGGAAGAAGAGAGAAGGAAAGGGAGAUACUGAUAAAUGAGAGUGGUAUGUGAUUGCACAACCAUAUAGAAGGGGGCAUGUGAUUGUGUGUGUGUGUG